GCAUCACACAGGUGCUUUUCCGACGGGAUACAAUAACAACUUGUUAACAACAACUUGCACGGUCUCUAACAGAGUACGGAGAAGAGCAACGGUUCCAUUGUGGCUCAUCCUUAUUGUAGCUAGCAUCACACAGGUGCUUUUCCGACGGGAUACAAUAACAACUUGUUAACAACAACUUGCACGGUCUCUAACAGAGUACUGAGAAGAGCAGCGGUCGGUAGGCGAGAUCUGCCGCGUCACAGAAGAACCACACUAAAACCGGACAGAAAAACCCCAACUCAAAAUCUGUCAGACCAUCGGAGAAGUGAACUCGAACGAACCUGAGAGGAAACGGAGCCUUUGUUUUCGGAAGCAGCAGGGGAAAGAUGAUGAGUUUUCUGCCAUACUUCUCAGCUGAGACCUGGACCCUCCUGGCCCUCCUCAUCACCCUCAUUGUAGUGUAUGGGUACUGGCCCUAUGGUGUAUUCACUAAGAUGGGUAUCCCUGGUCCCAAACCCCUACCUUACUUUGGCACAAUGAUGGAGUACAGAAAGGGUUUCACUAACUUUGACACAGAGUGCUUUCAGAAGUACGGGAGAAUCUGGGGGAUCUAUGAUGGGAGGCAGCCUGUUCUGUGUACCAUGGACAAAAGCAUGAUCAAGACCGUCCUGAUUAAAGAGUGUUACAACAUCUUCACCAACCGCAGAAACUUUGCGUUUCUGAAUGGUGAGCUGUUUGACGCGGUGUCCGUUGCCGAGGACGAUGCGUGGAGACGGAUCCGCAGUGUCCUCUCACCUUCCUUUACCUCGGGACGACUAAAAGAGAUGUUUGGUAUCAUGAAGCAGCACUCUGCUAACCUGCUGAAUGGAAUGAAGAAGCAGGCAGAUAAAGACCAGACCAUCGAUGUGAAGGAGUUCUUUGGGCCCUACAGUAUGGACGUGGUCACCAGCACAGCUUUCAGUGUGGACAUUGACUCUCUGAACAACCCUUCAGACCCCUUCGUCUCCAACGUCAAGAAGAUGACCAAGUUUGACAUGUUCAACCCACUGUUGCUCCUAUUCGUGUUGUUUCCCUUCAUAGGUCCUAUCUUGGAGAAGAUGAAGUUUUCUUUCUUCCCGUCUGCGGUGACAGACUUCUUUUACGCCUCGCUGGCUAAGAUCAAAUCUGGACGUGACUCUGGGAACUCAACCAGUCGGGUGGAUUUCUUACAACUGAUGAUCGACUCUCAGAAAGGCAAUGACACGAAGACAGGAGGGGAACCGACUAAAGGACUGACUGAUCAUGAGAUCUUGUCUCAAGCCAUGAUCUUCAUCUUCGCCGGCUACGAGACCAGCAGCAGUACUAUGAGUUUCCUGGCCUAUAACCUGGCAACAAAUCCCCACACCAUGACCAAACUGCAGGAGGAGAUAGAUACUGUGUUCCCCAACAAGGCUCCAAUCCAGUACGAAGCUCUGAUGCAGAUGGACUAUUUGGACUGUGUGUUGAACGAGUCUCUGAGACUAUACCCCGUCAUGCUGCGACUGGAGAGGGUCGCCAAGAGGACAGUGGAGAUCAACGGCAUCGUCAUCCCCAAAGACUGCAUUGUCCUGGUUCCCACGUGGACCCUCCACCGUGACCCAGAGAUCUGGUCCGACCCUGAUGAGUUCAAACCAGAGAGGUUCAGCAAGGAGAGCAAGGAGUCUAUUGAUCCGUACACGUACAUGCCGUUUGGGGCGGGGCCCAGGAACUGUAUCGGGAUGCGCUUCGCCCUGAUCAUGAUCAAACUGGCCAUGGUCGAGAUCCUCCAGAGUUUCACUUUCUCCGUCUGCGACGAGACCGAGAUCCCUCUGGAGAUGGACAACCAGGGUCUGCUGAUGCCAAAACGACCAAUCAAACUGAGGCUGGAGGCCCAUAGAAACAACCCUAGCAACACCACCGCUACCACUCUGAAGAGUCCAACAACGUGACCAAAUGCAGGAGCACCCCACCCUACCCUACCUUGGAGUACCUCUCUCUCUCUCUCUUCCCCCUCCCCCCCCCCACACAAAAGGGCUUCACUACAAGCAGAAAUACUCCCCCGCUAAUAAACAUUUCUGGAAUCUUUUAUUUCAGCUCAUGAAACAUUUUUGUUCAACAGCCUCUCUAUCUAUCUAUCUAUCUAUCUAUCUAUCUAUCUAUCUAUCUAUCUAUCUAUCUAUCUAUCUGUCGAUCUA